AUCGCCCCAGCGGGCAUAAAGUGGCUGCCAGCCUGCAGGGCUCCCAGCCGAGAGGUGUCACCCCCAGCGGGCGCGGGCCAGAGCACGGGCACCCAGCAUGGGGGUACCGCUCACACGGAGGACGCUACUCAGUCUGGUCCUUGCACUCCUGUUUCCAAGCAUGGCAAGCAUGGCGGCUAUGGGCAGCUGCUCGAAAGAGUACCGCAUGCUCCUUGGCCAGCUCCAGAAGCAGACAGAUCUCAUGCAGGACACCAGCAGGCUCCUGGACCCCUAUAUACGUAUCCAAGGCCUGGAUAUUCCUAAACUGAGAGAGCACUGCAGGGAGAGCCCUGGGGCCUUCCCCAGUGAGGAGACCCUAAGGGGGCUGGGCAGGCGGGGCUUCCUACAGACGCUCAAUGCCACACUGGGCUGCGUUCUGCACAGACUGGCCGACUUAGAGCAGCAUCUCCCCAAGGCCCAGGACUUGGAGAGGUCUGGGCUGAACAUAGAGGACUUGGAGAAGCUGCAGAUGGCGAGGCCGAAUGUCCUCGGGCUCAGGAACAACAUCUAUUGCAUGGCCCAGCUGCUGGACAACUCAGACAUGACUGAGCCCACAAAGGCCGGCCGGGGGGCCUCUCAGCCGCCCACCCCCACCCCUACCUCGGAUGUUUUUCAGCGAAAGCUGGAGGGCUGCAGGUUCCUGCGUGGCUACCAUCGCUUCAUGCACUCAGUGGGGCGGGUCUUCAGCAAGUGGGGGGAGAGCCCGAACCGGAGCCGGAGACACAGUCCCCACCAGGCCCUGCGGAAGGGGGUGCGCAGGACGAGACCCUCCAGGAAAGGCAAUAGACUCAUGCCCAGGGGACAGCUGCCCCGGUAGCCUCAGUAGCACCCCUUGCUGGUGAAGGAUGCGGCAGGUGCUCUGUGGAUGAGAGGAACCAUCUCAGGAUGACAACUCCCAGGUCCCCAAACCUGUUCCCCUCUACUACUCGCCACUGAGAAGUGCACUUUAAGAGGUAGGAGCUGGGCAGACCCCUCUACCUCCUCCAGGCUGUGGGACAGAGUCAGGCUGUUGAACCCCUCCUAGCCCCAAGUUCCCCAGACCCAGUGGGGUGGCCAGGCAGGCCACGCGGGGCCGACUUUCCAUUGAUUCAGGGGUCUGAUGACACAGGCUGACUCAUGGCCAGGCUGACUGCCCCCCUGCCUUGCUCCCCGAGGCCUGCCAGUCCUUCCCUCUUAUGACUUGCAGGGCCGUUGCCCCCAGACUUCCUCCUUUCCGUGGUUCUGAAGGGGAGGUCACAGCCUGAGCUGGCCUCCUAUGCCUCAUCACGUCCCAAGCCAGACACCUGGAUGUCUGGGUGACCUCACUUUAGGCAGCUGUAACAGCAGCAGGGUGUCCCAGGAGCCCUGAUCCGGGGGUCCAGAGAAUGGAGCUCAGGUCCCAGCCCAGCCCCGAAGUCGCCAUGUGGCCUGGGGCAGGUCACUUUACCUCUCUGGACCUGUUUUCUCUUUGUGAAGCUAGGGAGUUAGAGGCUGUACAAGGCCCCCACUGCCUGUCAGUUGCUUGGAUUCCCUGACAUAGGGUGGAUAUUAAAAUCUGCAAUUCAGGACAUGUGGUGCAAAUGGUGCUGGGUGGUGUACACGGAGGUCUCUGUAAAAGGAGACCCACCUCCCAGCGCCGGGAAGCCCCAGUCUUGGGCCCUUGCUGCUGGCUGCUCCCCCUGGUGGUGAAUCCUGGAAUUUUCUCACGCAGGAGCCAUUGCCCUCCUAGAGGGGGUCUCAGAAGCUGCGAGGCCAAUUCCUUGGAGGGACAUGACUAAUUUAUCGAUUUUUAUCAAUUUUUAUCAGUUUUAUAUUUAUAAGGCUUAUUUAUGAUGUAUAUUUAAUGUUAAUAUUGUGCAAACAUAUAUUUAAAACUUGCCUGGUUUCUAAA